AUGUUUAUCCCUUACACGAAUCCCUCUUCCAAGAAAGACCCUAAUGCUCGUCGCAUUAUCAAUACGCAUGUGGCUGCCCAUACCAGCGUCAAUCGUCGGACAUGCAGGGGCUCGGGGAAUUUGCCAGGCGGCUUCGCGGGCUGCCUUAAUUGGUUCUAUGUCCCAGAACUAGCCAUGCCACCCUCAAGGCCUGACCAGCAGGAGGCAUCUGCUGAUGAUGAGGGAACGGUCUCUCAUAACAUGCUUGCACAGCGUACCGUGGCUCGCAGGAUAGGCUGUAGGCCGUUUGCUGGCGGUAAAUUCUACCCUCUCGAGAGCCAGGGAGAUAAUUCCCGCGGACCAUUACUUCUGCAUGCCCUUAGUCAUUAUGGCAGUAGACACCUCUAUCAGGCGAUCCUGUACCACCGCCAAUGUCUUCUUAAAGCUGUGCGUCAGAAAAUUUCCAGCCAGGAGAUAGACGAGGUGCUGCUCCACAGUCUUUGCAUGAUGAUCUCUAUAGACGAAUGCCUUAUGUUCAACGAGUAUCGCCAGGUGCAUUUAAAAGGGCUGCAAGAUGUUAUACAAGUUCACAAAGUUCAGAAUGCAGCCCGACAUUCGCGCUGCACUGUCGGCCCUGAUCCACCUGCAGAUAAGUCGCCUAUGGAGAUGGCGGUGGAGGUAAAGGGAGCCGUGGUGGAAUUCCAUCUGCAAGUUAACCUGGCAUUUGACAACAACACGACGGCAAUGCUAAGCCCGAGGACUCUCCCACCGUACUCCUUGGAUGCCCUGAAAAUGAGAGCCUUGAAUUUACCCCCUGGUUUUAGUGAUCUCAUUUGUCGAGGUCUUCUCACUGAGAAGAUGGUUGGCCUACUCGAGAACUUCGCUGCCUGGUUUUUUAAAGGGAUGGGGACGGAGGCUGCAUGCCGAGAAACCUGGCGAUACUCGAAUUUCCACCCAGCCAAUACCCUUGAGAAGUGCAUCGCUAUGACCCUUGUAUGUUUGGCAGAUGAUUUAAGCGCCAUUGGCUUGCAUCCGUGUGCAGUAAUUUUUCGGCAACCGAACCAGCGCUCACAGAUUAUCUUAUCCUCCUCGGAACUGUGGACUCCACCUUACCUCGGUGGCCUUGUUACGUGGAUGUCCACUGUCAUCGCAACCCCGCGCAGGGAAUCACUUAUCGAAGGAGAUACUCAGAUGGCUCUGUUAAGGGAGUCAAUAAGGCAUAUGAAAGUCUGCCGAUCUGUGGAGCAGGUUGAGGCAAUACUGCAGGGUUUCUUCUAUGAUCAGAGUCGUGCUGCGGAGUGGAGACGAGUGUGGGGGAAGGCUCUCGUCUUAUAA